UCUAAAGCGUAACAUAAAGUUUAACCACAGCAAUCAAAAUCCUAAACGACCUCGAAAGAUUUUAACCAAACUACAUUUAAUUAUUGAGUACCUCACGUUUCCUCACCAAACUCAACGACUUCUUUCGACACAAUGGCAAAGCACCCUAAAGCUUUACUUGUCGCGCUUGCGCUUUUUUGUCAUCUAAUGCUGCAGCUCCAAGCUUCUCCGUUGAUUGGCAGCAGCGUCUACUAUGACGAUGAUGACGAUGACACGGAGGUGUUGGAGAUCGAUUUGAAUAGCAUUGAUGAUCUCGUAAAUGGUGGCAGUGAAGACUCGAUUGACUUGAGCUUUUAUGGCAAUGCGCUUUACGGCAUGCCCGAUAAUGAAGUAACAGCCCAGUUGGUGGCUAAUUAUACAGCCGAAGAGUCGUCGGUUAAUCCAGAGGAGUUGGGUUCUUACCUGGAGGGCGAUAUCCUAGUGCCACUUGGAAGAGUGACUACCAGAAAUGGCAUUAUUACGCUAAGUUCACGUUGGCCUAACGGCGUGGUGCCGUUCGAAAUACGCGGUAACUUCAAUGCACGCGACAUGUCUACCAUUGAGCAUGCGAUGGAUGAGUAUCAUCGUCGUACGUGUAUACGUUUUGUGCCACGUAGCCGCGAGAGUGAUUACAUUUCGAUUGUGAGUGGCAAUUCGGGUUGCUGGUCAUCGGUAGGACGUGUGGGCGGCAAACAAGAGGUGAAUUUGCAAUCGCCUGGUUGUCUCACCAAACCCGGCACCGCAAUGCACGAACUGAUGCAUGCACUGGGUUUCCUGCACGAACAGAAUCGGCAGGAGCGUGACUCAUAUGUGGAUAUAAUGAUAGAGAAUGUGCAACCAAAUGCAGUGCCGAAUUUCGAAAAGGCUCAACAAACCGUUGCUUAUGGUGUACCUUACGAUUAUGGCAGUGUGAUGCAUUAUUCGGCGAACGCUUUCUCGCGUAACGGUCGUCCGACAAUCGUGGCUGUGCAACCGGGCGGCAGUCAACGUAUGGGUCAACGUGAAGGAUUCUCAGCAUACGAUAUUGAAAAGUUGAACAAAAUGUACAAUUGCAAUGGACCAGCUAUUGGCGGUGGAUUUGGUGCUGGUGGAAAUAGUAUGGGCGCCAUUGCGCCAGCUCCAGCACCAGUUGCAGUGCCGGCACCAGUGCCCCAACCCGCGCUGCCAGCUCCCGGCCCAGGUCCAGCAGGAAAUGCAAAUUUGAUUGGCAGUUUUCUAGGUGGCCUUAUUAGCGGUUUGGGACUAGGCGAAGAGGUCAACAAUACUGAUGUGACAACGGAGACAACAAAUGAUAUUUAAAGGGAAACAUUUCAGCACAACAAAUAAAUUACAGGCGACAACGGAAGCACCCCAAAGAAUGUAUAAGUUCCUUACAAGUAGCUCAAUGAUCAUUACUCUACUCUAGUAUCCGUAUAAAAACUCGAAUUCCAAACUCAGUAUUAUAAUUUGUUUAAGAGAUUAAGA